AUGAAGUUAUCUUCGUUAUUUAUAAUCACUUCCUUUAUAGCCGCCGUCAAGGGUGACGGUUAUACACCAGGAGAGAAUUUUUCAACGCUAAGUCCGGAUGGUAAGGUCCCCGAUGGUGCAACUACCCAAUUCACCAGCAAAUUUGGUAUUGCCAUCAAUCCAAUUACAUCAUCGGUGGAUUUAACCUCUGUUAAUAGCGGUAGUGAGGGAAUGCAUGCAGUAACACAAAUAGGAGAUGGUCAAUUGCAAGCUGCAACAGGAACAAUAAAAACAGAGAACCGUCCUGUUAUUACCCAAAUAGGCGAUGGCCAAAUACAAGGAUCAACUGAAACCAAUACAGCGAAGCAAGCGAUCAACGUGGUCACUCAGAUUGGAGAUGGUCAGAUUCAAGCAACUACAUUGACCACCGUCACCAGGUCUUCUACCACCAAUGACGCUGACGUGGUGACCACUAAGAUUACCAAGGUCGUCAAGUCAUACGUCGUUGUUCCAUAUACAGAAAACGAUACUGCUUCGUCAUCCACCGAAUCAGUUGAGACAUCUGAUAAACACACUUCAUCUUCCAGUGAGGCUACAUCCGCAUCCGACGAACCAACCACUUACAUUACCGUCACUCCAACUGCAACUGUGACACAGGCUAUAACUACCCUCAACUUACCAACCCUAGCACCAACAACCGUGAUUGUUGAAAAACGUUUAGUUGAAGAAACCGCCACUGUCCUGUUUGACAAGAGAGAACUUCCAUUUACUUGUUCUUCCGACUCUGCUCUUACCAUGACUCUGGAAGACUCUAUUUUACGUGACGCCAAGGGUAGAAUUGGCGCAAUUGUUUCAAAUAGACAGUUCCAGUUUGAUGGUCCACCACCACAGGCUGGUUCUAUUUAUGCGGCAGGUUGGAGCAUCAUUGAUGGUAAGUUGGCAUUAGGUGACAGCACAACAUUCUACCAAUGUCUGUCUGGUGACUUCUACAAUCUCUAUGAUCAAAGUGUAGCUCCUCAAUGUACCGCAGUUGAGCUUGACAUUAUCCUUUAUGAAGAUUGUUAG